CGUGUCCUUAAGACCAUGUUUUUGUCCAACUUCCCUGUAAAUAUUCAAACAUUCUCCUUCACCUUAUAAAUAAAUAAACAAUAAUCGGUGAAUUAUAAUCUCUGAAACUGAUUUUUUCUUUGCGCAUCCAAAAUAUGGCCUUUGCAGCAACGAAGCGCUGGAGAUCUCUGAUCAACGCAACCGCCGCCCCGAGGCGUCAAUUCGCUUCGUCAACGGCUCCCAAAUUUGCACCGGAAGUGGCUGAUUCUGCCACCGGAAAGGCCAAAUCAUGGUUGGCGUCAGGAGAUGCAAUGCCUCUAUGGAUGAUGGCCGGAUUCGUAUCCGUGGUGUUGUUUAUGGGCGUCCACACCGCCAAGAAUCAAUUGAUUCACUCUCCUUCAGUGCAGGUUAAGAAGAAGAAGAGAGAAAAUUUGGUGGAAGUGGAUGAUCCGAAGACUGUCGUCGGGUCAGCUGAUAAAUUUGUGAAUAAAUCUUUCUUGAGGAAAGUUGGGCAAAUUCAAGACCCUGAGACCCGGGUUCUCAAGGACCCGAAUCGUCGUGAUCCUUUCACUAUUCCACGGAAGUACGAGUCUCUGGAUUUUGCUGGAGCUCACAAGUAAAUUAAAUAGCAGAGGAAGAUAAAGUUUUGAAAGAUAAAGUUUUGAAAGAUAAAGUUUUGAAGAUCCUUUAUAGUUUAUUAUACGAGUAAAUUGGUUCAUUAAUAUUCGCAUAUCAUUUACAAAGCAUAUUAUAUUUAUGUUGAAAUUGGUUUGUCUUCCUUCAACGCUUAUUAAUCCUUGAAUUUGUGGAAAAUAAGGUGUUGUUGCACGCAGA